UCAGUGUCACUGUGUGUCACUUCAUUGUUGUUGUUUCACAAUUUUUUAUACUUUCUCUUAAUUUUUAACUAUUUAUUUAUAUUUUGCCUAUUAUUUAUACACGUCAAACUGUUAUAAACAAAACUAUACAUUUUAUUUCAAUGUUGGUUACUAGCACACAAUACAGUUUAGCCAAGAAUUUUGAGACUGAAUUCUUCAUUAAUCCAUGUUGUGGAAUGAAAACAAAUUAGUUAUUACCCAUUUAUUUCCUUUUCUCAUAUUAACAAUAUAAUUUCUACAAUGUCUGAGCAAAGGGGCGACGCGGCACCGCCUGUUAAAAGAUAUAGAAAAGAGGAGAAAUCGUCUGAAUCAGAAGAAGAUGUCGACAAUUAUGAACCGUAUGUGCCGGUGAAGGAGCGUAAGAAACAGAAGCUCCUGAAACUCGGCAGACUGGGCCAGAUCGCCGCCGAAGCGUCCGCUGAGACGAAAAGCUCCAGCGAAAACGAUCCAGAGGAUGAGACGUCACAAGAAGAAUGGGGUCGUCGGUACAAUGUGUCGUUGCUGGACCAGCACAGUGAGCUGAAGAGGCUGGCCGAGGCGCGCGCUCUGUCCGCCGCCGAGAGACAGGCUCGUGAAGAGGAGCAUAUUCUGGAGAGUGUGGCCCAGAGCAAGGCUUUGAUGGGUGUCGCGGAAUUGGCUAAAGGUAUUCAAUACGAGGACCCAAUAAAGACGUCAUGGCGACCGCCGCGCUCGAUACUGGACAUGCCGGAGGAACGACACGAGAGGGUGCGGCGGGAGCUGCGUAUUUUGGUCGAGGGGGAGGAUGUACCACCCCCCAUCAGGACCUUCCAGCACAUGAAGUUUCCAAAAGGUAUUUUAAGAGGAUUGGAAGCCAAAGGCAUCAAGAAACCCACACCUAUCCAAGUGCAAGGUAUACCGGCGGUGCUCAGCGGCCGCGACAUGAUCGGAAUAGCAUUCACCGGCUCCGGGAAGACCCUCGUCUUCACGCUGCCCAUCAUCAUGUUUUGCCUGGAGCAGGAGAUAAAAAUGCCAUUCAUCAGAAACGAGGGUCCGUACGGCCUGAUCAUCUGUCCGUCCCGCGAGCUCGCCAAGCAGACCCACGACAUCAUUCAGCACUUCGUCAAGAGCCUCAAGAUGGCCGGCAACCCGGAGAUACGCAGCUGCCUCGCCAUCGGAGGUGUGGCGGUGUCAGAAUGCAUGGAGGUGGUGCAGCGCGGUGUCCACAUCAUGGUAGCCACGCCAGGAAGGCUCAUGGACAUGUUGGAUAAAAAAAUGGUGCGUCUGAACGUGUGCCGCUACCUGUGCAUGGACGAGGCGGACCGCAUGAUCGACAUGGGCUUCGAGGAGGACGUACGCACGAUAUUCUCUUACUUCGCGGGGCAGCGGCAGACGCUGCUGUUCAGUGCUACUAUGCCGAGGAAGAUUCAAAACUUCGCCAGGUCGGCCCUUGUAAAACCGGUGACGGUGAAUGUCGGCCGCGCCGGCGCAGCCUCGCUUAACGUGAGACAGGAGUUGGAGCCGGUGAAGGCCGAAGCCAGGACGGUCCACCUGCUCCAGUGCCUCCAGAAGACGCCACCUCCGGUCCUCGUCUUCGCCGAGAGGAAACAAGACGUCGAUGCCAUUCACGAGUAUUUAUUACUGAAAGGCGUGGAAGCGGUGGCAAUCCACGGUGGUAAAGAUCAGGAGGAACGCUCCCGGGCUGUGGAGGCGUUCCGUCGCGGGGAGAAGGACGUCCUCGUAGCUACCGAUGUUGCCAGCAAAGGACUGGACUUCGCGAACAUCCAGCACGUAAUCAACUACGACAUGCCGGAGGACAUUGAGAACUACGUGCACCGCAUCGGUCGCACGGGCCGUGCAGGCGGCGAGGGCGUGGCCACCACGCUGCUGGGCCGCGCCGCCGACGACAGCGUGCUGCGGGACCUGGCGCACCUGCUGCGCGAGGCCGGCCAGAAGGUGCCGCCGUUCCUGCUGGACAUGAUCGGCGAGCCGGACGUGCCCGCGGCUGACGGCCAGGGCUGCUCGUACUGCGGCGGCCUCGGGCACAGGAUCACAGAAUGUCCAAAAUUGGAGGCAGUACAGAACAAGCAAGCGUCCAACAUUGGCAGACGAGACUACUUGGCGAAUACUGCAGCAGAUUAUUAAAGUGCAUUAAUAUGUUCACGCUAUUGUCCUUUUGGGGUAGACGAACCAUCUUGUUUUACGGUUUUUUU